CUUGUUCGAGAGCGGCAUUAACUGGGGUCGGGUGAUCGCGCUGCUGGGCUUCGGCUACCGCAUGGCCAUCCACGUCUACCAGCAAGGCAUACCGGGUUUCCUCUGCCGCAUCGCCCGCUACGUCACCGAGUUCAUGCUCCAGAACCGCAUCGCCCGGUGGAUCGCCCAGCAGGGAGGAUGGGUGGCUGCACUUGAUCUGGACAAUGUUUACAUGAAGUACAUGCUGGUGGUGGUGGCCCUGGUCAUGGUGGGGCAUUUAGUGGUACGACGCUUCUUCAGGCCCUGA